AUGUUUACAGAAAUCAUUUUACGUGAACAGAUUAGGCAAUAUAAAUGCACUUUAGAACACAGCCAAAUUGUAAGCAGGCGCACAGAGAAAAAGGCGGUUAAAAACAAAUGUUGCGACCGAGUAACCUACAAUACGUCCACAAUGAACAGGCUACAAAAGUUGUACACUCUUGUGUUCGUGCGAAAAAACAACCAGGUGCUGAUGGGCCGUAAGAAACGGGGAUUCGGUUUGGGACAAUGGAACGGAUUUGGUGGUAAAAUCGAGAAGGGUGAAUCGUUUGCGGAGGGCGCGAAACGGGAACUCUACGAGGAAUCUAGUUUGAUUGCAAAGGAUUUGAAACAUGUAGGUGUUGUAAAGUAUGAAGUACAGGACGAGUCUUUGGACCAAAUUGUUCAUGUGUUUACAUGUAAUAAAUAUGAAGGUACGGAAAAACCAAGUGACGAAAUGGAUCCAGUUAAAUGGUUCAGAUAUGACUGUGUGCCUUAUGACAAAAUGUGGCCAGAUGCCAGGACAUGGUGGCCUAGUAUGUUGAAUGACAAGUAUUUUUCUGUGCACUGUGUUUACAACAGGGGCAAAAUUAUUUCAACAGAAGUUUUGGAACAUGACAGUAUUAAAGAGGCUUUGAAUGUAUUUAAUUUUAUGGUUCAGUGACAAAAUUAAUUUAUAAAUCAUGUACUGUGAUAAUUUAUAUGUUAAUAUUAAAAGUACUAAAAGUUACCUGAAUUCCUUGUUGACAGUAAUAGAAACUGUACCUAUAUUUUUUUAAAUACACGUUUUUGAGAAUUUUAA